CCAACAGGAAACUGUAGAAAUCAAAGAUGGACUGGUUCCACUGCAACCAGUGCUUUAAGAAAAGCGGGUCGAAGUUUGCCGUCUCUAGCUGUGGCCACAUCUGCUGCGAAGGUUGCAUUAAAUCAAACCAGUGCUGCAUAUGCGGGGCAAGCUGCAGUUACCUGCCCAUCACGGAUGGGAUGAAGACACCGGAAAAAGUUUUUUUCAUGGACCCUGUGAAACUCCUUCAGUCGACCAUAGCAAAAAUAUCCCAGGUUGCUGUUUUCCAGCAGAAGCAGAUGGAGAGAGUCAUAUAUCACUUUAAAAACAAAUCCUCUGAGCUGGAGAGGCGUCUGCGGGAAGUUUCCGAUCAGGGUCAUAGGCAACUUUCAGAGGUGAAAAAAGAAAAUGCAGAGUUGAAGAAGCAGCUGUUGGAGCUGAGGAGAGAAACUGCCGACCUGAGAAAGCCACUCUCUCAAAGGAGGAUUUCUCCUGGACAGUUUCAAUCUAACGGAGCUCAGAGGGUUUCUCUGCCUGUUGCUGUCACCUCUCCAGUUACCCCUCGAUCAAGAACAACCAGCCUUGUAGGGUCGGCAGAGUCUCAGCGGUGGAACAGAGAUAGAGGGAUCUCUCUCACUACUCCUGGAUCCAUUGCCUCCUUGUCCAGCCACAGCCCGCUUCAUGAAUACAGGACACCGCGAUCUUUGGGCACUCCUACGAGAACCCAGACCCCUGUUUUCCAGUUCCCAUUUGCAUCUGGACUCACACUCCCAUCCCCCAGGCAGUGAUUAAUGGGAGCAUCUUUGAAGAGCAUCGACCAUUAGUUGGGGAUUUAUUCAUCUAAGCAACAAUAUAAGUUAAGCACAAA